ACGGGGGCUGGCAGAGCGCGGAAUCAGCGCGCCGGAGCCGGGUAGGUGGCCAGUUUCACCGGGAUGGGUCGUGGAGACCAUUUGCGUUUUGCAAGUCACCUGUUAUGCUCUUCCCUCCCCCCUAGGCUCCGAGUCCAAGAUGCGGGAGGUUUGCGCCGGCUGCAGCACCCCCAUCUCCGACCGCUUCCUGCUCAGGGUCAACGAGCGCUCGUGGCACGAAGGCUGCGUGAAGUGCGCCGCUUGCCUGCAGCCGCUCUCGGGCACCUGCUACUGCCGCAACCGGCAGCUGUACUGCAAGCACGACUACGAAAAGCUCUUCCAGACCAAAUGCAGCGGUUGCCUAAAAGCCGUCGCUCCUUCAGAGUUCAUCAUGCGGGUGCUGGAGAAUGUCUACCAUGUCCACUGCUUCUCCUGCUGCGAGUGCGAGCGGCGGCUGCAGCGUGGUGACGAGUUUGUGCUCAAAGAAGGGCAGCUGCUCUGCCGCAGUGACUACGAGAAGGAGAGGGAGAUGCUGAGCGCCAUUAGCCCCGCCCCCACUGAAUCAGUGAAGAGCGAAGAUGAGGAUGGGAGCCAUCCGCAUGGCAAAGGGGGCGAGGAAGGCAAGGACCACAAGCGCUCCAAACGCCCACGCACCAUCCUCACCACCCAGCAGCGGCGAGCGUUCAAGGCCUCCUUUGAAGUCUCUUCCAAACCCUGCCGGAAGGUGAGGGAGACCUUAGCAGCUGAAACCGGAUUGACUGUCCGGGUGGUGCAGGUCUGGUUCCAGAAUCAAAGGGCCAAGAUGAAGAAGAUCGCCCGCAGGCAGCAGCAACAGCAGCAGCAGCAGCAAGAGCAAGAGCAGCUGGGAAGCGCCCGCCUGGGGGCCGGACGAGGGAACGGGCGGAGCAGCCGGCAGAGCAACGAGGACAGCGAAGAUGGCGCCAGUGUGCAUGGCAUGGAUGGGCUCAUGGUGCCAUAUUCCAGGAUCGCCCAGCAGCAGCUGCUUCCCCUGGACCAGAACAGCUACAGCACAGACUUGUACCGGCAAGGACUCACCCCACCCCAGUUGCCAGGAGACCAUCUGCAUCCCUACGAUUCCGAAGGCGUCUUCCACGACAUGGACAGUGACACCAUUGGCCAUUUGGGGGACUGCCUGCUGUCGGCGGCAGAAGCCAACCUCCUGCAGACCCGGGUGGGGAACCCCAUCGACCGGCUCUACUCCAUGCAGAGCUCCUACUUCACCUCCUGACCGUGGGGACGUUUCUGGCUCUUCUACCUGAUACAUGCCACUCUGGGCUUGAAUGGAGAAUUGCAUGGAGGAGCGAGGCCACUCUGGAAGAACUCUUCGGAUCUGGCAGAGCACACAAGGCAUGUGUAGUUGUCAAGUAUCCGGAUACUAAAUCCUCGGGUACCAGCCACUGAGUCUUCAAAGGACUUUGCUAAACUGCCUCUCCCCUCCCUCAGCCUGAAGGCGUAUAGGUGGACAAUUUCACAUUGUGUAGCUGUAAUUAUAGCAGUGUGUUUGGUGUUGAAACUGUAGGGUAUCCAAGCUAGGUUGAUGCAUCAGCAGAGACGGAAAACCCGGGAGCUCUCACUGGAGCCCUUGGGAAGGACCAGGUUUCCAGCAAGACGGUGAUUUCUCUCCAGCCUCUUGUUUUCUUGUCAAAUUUUCUUUCGUGUUGGCAAAAUUAAGAGCUCCGUCAGACAUCAGGUGAGCCUGCUGCCUUUCUGGGAAAAAAAAGCACAGAACACUGAGGAACAACUUACCCCACCUACGUUAGUUUUACACUAGUUUUGUUGUUGUGGCCUCUCUCCCUCCUGAUCCUAAGAAUUCUGGGGAAAGGGUCUGGCCAAGACAAGCGCAGCAUUGGCUAAUGAUCCCACCCCCCUCCCUGCCCAAACUACAGUUCCCAGGGUUCAUUGGGGAGAACGACCCAUGUUCAUCUGCUUUAAGCUGCCGUUGUGAGAAAAAAGCAGGCUAACGUGUUGUAAAUAAAUAAAUAUAAAUAAGG